AUGAGCACUACAAACACCACCUGGGUCAUCACCGGUGCAAACCGAGGCAUCGGCCUCGGGCUCGUCAAGCGCCUCCUCUCGCGGCCCUCCACCACGGUAAUCGCCACGGUGCGAAACAAUGAAGCCGCAUCUAGUCUCACCACCGAGGCAAAGAGCACCCGAAUAAAACCAGGAAAUCAACUCUUUAUCGUCCAACUCGAUUUCUCCGUUGCCAUACCCCCAGAGACAAUCCGCGACGCAUUUAACGCCGCCGUGCCCUCGCUUGACCAUAUCGACGUGCUUAUCUGCAACGCAGGCUUCUCGACCCCUAUGACCCCUACCGUCGAGACAAGCGCUGAAGCGCUACGAGCAUGCUUUGAGGUUAAUACCAUAGCACCCCUCUUGUUAUUCCAGGCACUGUGGCCGUUGUUGCAGAAGUCCCCUCAUGCGCCGAAGUUCAUCUCAAUCUCCUCGUCCGUUGGGUCCAUUGGCGGCCAGGAGCCUGUUCCUGGCGGCGCGUACGGGCCCAGUAAAGCUUCCACGAACUGGUUGACAAGGUCGCUUCAUACCCAGAAUGAGGAUCUUAUUGCGGUUGCUCUUCAUCCUGGCUGGGUGCAAACCAAUAUGGGCGAUUUUGCUGCGAAGGAGUGGAAGUAUGCUCCUGGGGCUCCGGAAACGGUUGAAAAUAGUGUUAGUGGUGUGCUUGAGGUUGUUGACGGUGCCACGAGGGAGAAGGUUUCGGGGAAGUUUCUCUCGUAUACCGGUCAGGAAUUGCCAUGGUAA